GGGAAAGGGAAAAAAAAAAAAAACAGCGCAGCUCCUGCGGCCCUUUGCGUCUUCCACUUGUUCUCCAAUCCACUUUUCCAUGGACACGCAGAGGAACCACGGGGCCUCCCUCGCAGGUGAAACGGUGUCACUCGCAGGGAAGAUGCAGGAAAUGAAGAAACAAGGAUUCCUCACAGAGCAUGACGCUGCCGUCUACAUGGACUUCAUGAGGAGCCACAGCUGCUAUGACGCCAUUCCAACCAGCUGUAAACUGGUCAUAUUUGAUACCAAACUACCAGUGAAAAAGGCCUUUUUAGCACUAGUGGCAAAUGGCUUGAGGGCGGCGCCGUUGUGGGACAGCAAGUUGCAGAGGUUUGUGGGUAUGCUGACUAUUACCGAUUUCAUCAACAUCCUCCAUUACUAUUACAGGUCCCCUAUGGUUCAAAUGUACGAGCUGGAGAGCCACAAGAUCGAGACAUGGAGAGAUGUCUACCUUCAGAGCUCCAAUCGCAUCCUCAUUAGUAUUUCUCCAGAGGCCAGCCUCUUUGAUGCUGUCUAUUCCUUACUUAAGUAUAAGAUCCACAGGCUGCCCGUCAUUGAUCCAGAGUCUGGGAACGUCUUGCACAUUCUCACCCACAAAAGAAUCCUCAAGUUCCUCCACAUAUUUUGGAGAAAAAUUCCCAAGCCGGCCUUCAUGAGAAGGCAGAUCCAGGAGCUCGGGAUCGGUACCUUCAAGAACAUCGCCACCGUGCAGCAAACGGCAACGCUUUAUGACGCCCUCGCCAUAUUUGUGGAAAGGCGGGUGUCUGCACUACCUGUGGUGGACGAACAAGAUACACCAAUCAUUGUUUUCUCAGGCAAAGUGGUGUCACUCUACUCAAGAUUUGAUGUGAUUAAUCUAGCAGCCCAGAAGAGUUACAACAACCUGGACGUGCCCAUGCGGGACGCCGUGAACGGGCGCUCGUGUUUCGUGGAGGGGGUAAUCAAGUGCUACCCUUAUGAAACCUUGGAAACCAUCGUAGACCGGAUAGUCCACGCAGAGGUCCAUCGGCUGGUCCUGGUGGACAGGGCUAACGUGGUGAAGGGCAUCGUCUCUUUGUCUGACCUGCUGCAGAGCAUGGUCUUAACCCCUGCAGGUGUUGAUGCCCUUCUGUCCUAGCACCAGAGGACAGAAUGUCCCCUUCCCUCCUUCACCACCCGUGCACGCUUGAGUCCUGGUCGCGUACACCGCUGGAAAUCAACUUGAGAGUGAAAUAAGAAAUCACAAGAGGGGAAAUAAUCCCUCGGCUUUGCUACUUUACGUUAAUAUGUAUUUUGUUAUCUAUGUGCUGCGUUCAAGAAACAAUGAUACUAGUGAGCUGGCCUUGAUACUGUAUUCAAUCCCCAGCACAAUGUAUAUGUUGGCUGCAUUUGAUCAAAGUGAUCACAGCUGUAUAUUUCUGUAUUAAACAUUUGUAUAAAAACUU